GCAGCCUCAUAUUCCGAUAGAAGGCUUUGUAGAGGAGGUUAAAUAAAAAGAGUGGUGGACGUUAUCCAUUCCUGGGGAGGGGAUAGCUCAAGCUCAAGGGGUAGGGAGGAGAGAGAAAGAAUGUCAAUAGCUUUCCUCUCUGUUCCGACGCCUCAUCAGGCUCACUUGUUCAAGUUCAAAAACUCAUCUCCAACUUCCCCUUACCCUUCAAAGUUACUUCUUCCUCUGUGCUCUCCUUCUUCUACCUCAACUCCUGUCAUAGAAGAGGACCCUUCUUCUUCUUCAGCUGAUGAACUUCCUAUUCCUGAUCAAUCAAGUUACACAACCAAACAGAGCAGUGGUUGUAAGGCGUGUGGAAGAGAAGAAAUUGAGAGAGGAUGCAAUGGUGAAGGAAGGAUACAGGGUGGGAUUGCAACUGUGCCUGGAUUUGGCUGGUGGCCUAUAAAGGCUUACAGGCCCUGCCCUGAGUUUCUGGCGUCUGGUGGAAGGUAUAGGAGACAGGGUCAGAGCAUGGACGAGGUUGCCUUCGGUCGUGGCCCAACAUCCUCUGUUGCCGGUGAUUCGAAGAAGCCGAGUAAGAAAAAGGAAGGAUCAAAGAAAUAAGAGGUAAUGUUUGGAAAGUAUAUCGGUCAUUGCUUUGUUUUGAGGACUUGAGGUGGCAUAAAACCAAGGCCAUUGUGGAGUAAGGAAAAUGUGGUUGAUUUCUGGUCUAUAUUCUGUGAGGAUUCUGGACAUAUCUACAUCCUAUCAGUUCUUUUGGAAAUAGGGCGAUGUAAUGUAAUCAUGUAAACGAAAGUAUUCGAAUCUCAACACCUCUUUUUUUAUAUAUGAAAAUAUAAUCACCAGUUCCUAGCCA